AUUGCCAGAGGUUAUUUUUAGCUUCUGGUGAUUCUUGCCGAUUGUCGUGCUUGUUCCAGGACUAACUAGUCUUGGCUGCUAUGACGUGCGCCCGAGAGACAACCAAACGACUUUCUUGCUGCAUGCGCAGUUUUUUUCCGUUCCUAUUUUUAUACCAUGCCUAUUUUUAAAUCCCGCCCCCAUAUAGCCCGCCGUGUGCUGGACGAUCUGAGCACCAGCCAGCUGGCCAAAGCCAAGCACUACGUGUUCCAGCCCAGCGAUCUCGCCGACUUCAACAAAAAGUACGACCAUCCGCGGUCCAACGCCACGUCUGCCACGGCCUCGGUCAACCAGUCUGAGACCGGUUCGCCGUACCCAGCCUUCGACGAGGAGCACAUCCGCUACAAGUACCGCCCCGAGGUCACCAUCGAGCUGCACGACUUCCCGUGCCCGCUCGAGACCACGGAUCUGCAGAGGCUUUUUGUUGCAUACAAGCGCGACGACAACAUUGUGCGCAUCAAGUGGUUCAACCGCAACCGUGCCAUUGCUUGGUUCACCAGCCCCGGACUCGCCAAGCAGGCGCUCGAGGACCUGCGCACCAACGAGCUCGUGCAUGUCAAGCAGUACCAUUUUGAGGCAUCGGACAUGAGGUACUUCAACCCCGACAGCAAGAUGGCUGACAUCACCGGCUCGCCUGCUGGCACCCUGAGCCGUCGCCGCACGAUCAGCGGAGGCAGCGGCCUGGCCCGCCGCAACACCGUCAGCGGGGCGUCGCACUAUAACCGUGGAAAGAUGUUUGCCGCAGCCAGUGCGCACAGCAACGCGGUGCCACCUAUCCCGUCGGUGUUCAACCCCAGCGUGCUGGCACACAAUGGUGCUGCGCUGGCGCAUAACGGCGUUGCGCUGGCGCAUAACAUCAACGCUGUCGCCAAUGGCGGUAGCGCCACAGCCAGCCCGAUCCCGCCGGCCCGCCGUCUUCGCCGCUUCUCAAAGCCCACCGUCUAGAGCGGGCCGCCUUUUCCCAAUGUCCUAUUUUCUACUUUUCUCAAACUUCCAAUUCUAAGUGUACUUUUUCCCUCAACAUUCGCUAUCUUUUAACCAACAUUGCCUCCCACACAUACCCUCUAGGCUCGGUGAACCGAUAUAUUGUAG